ACAUUGGCUAUGGCGGAAGCUCUGUUCUGUGGUGUUGAUGUUGGCUCCAGCUCUGUCCGUGUGCAGUUGAUUGACUCUGUGGGGAGGAGCCUCUACUCGACGAGCUGUGCCGUUGCGUACCGCGUGUGUGCUUCAGACCCGCGGUUUGUUACGCAGAGCUCUGAAGAGGUUUGGAAGGGCGUGAUGCGAUGCCUUGACGGCGCCAACAUUGUUGAUUCGGAAGCGAGUGUGUCGAUAUGUGUUAGUGCGACGUGCUCGCUGGUUGUGAAGGAGCGUGUGGGUGGGGAGUUGAGGCCGUACUCGUGUGCGAAGGACUCAGCUGACCCGGACCAGGACGUGGUGUUCUGGAUGGACACAAGGUCUGAGGCAGAAACGAUGGAGAUGAACGAGACUCUGAGAGAUGAUGGCUGUUUGAAGUAUCUUGGUGGUGCAUUUGCCCAGGAAAUGGCGUUGACCAAGGCCAAGUACGUGGUUGACCAUAUUGCUAAGGAUAGACUGGACAGCGUCGUCUUCUUUGAUCUACACGAUUACCUAUCGCUAAAGAUCUCUGAGCUGUUCCACUGUGAACCACUGGUGAUGGUCCCGGACUGUUCACAUGGGACGACACCAAGCGUUGGCCUGGAUGGCGAACUGAAGGGCUGGUCCUCUGAGCUUCUGAAGUCCAUAGGACUGGGGUGUCUUGCUAGGGAUAACUUCAGUCAGAUAGGUAAAACCGUGGUGCAAGGCGUGAUUGAUUCUUAUGGAAGCUGGAUUGGCUCAUGCUGUGGUAAUAUGAAGAAUACAUUGACGCUAGUUGCUGGUACAUCGACCUGUUUUAUGAUUUCUCACUCAAUGAAGGCCCCUACAGAUGGAAUAUGGGGACCUUUCAGCGUGGUCUUGAAAUCGUUAUCGGUGUCAACAAGUGGCUUCCCAACCACGGGCAAGCUGAUAGAGCAUCUCUUUGAAACGCAUCCUGCUUAUGAUGAAUUGAAAAAACUGGGCAAUCCAUUUGACACGUUGGAAUCGUUGAUAUCUACAGAAGAAGACAGGACAGGACAGAGUAUUCAUUACUCGGCGAAGAAUAUGUUCCUGUACGGUGAGCUGUCGGGAAACAGAACACCAUAUGGUGAUGCUGCAAUGAGAGGUGUGUUCUUUGGCGAAUCAACAGACGUGUCUCUCAGAGACAUGAUGCUCAAAUACGUUUGUAUACUGGAGUUUCUUGCAUUCCAAGUUAAACAGCUCUUAAGUAUUACUGGGGAAUUUGAGAUAUCGAGAAUCUUGAUCUGCGGGAGUCAAGCCAAGAAUAAGAGACUUAUAGAGCUGCUUGCAUUCAUAACAGGUCUUCCAAUCGACGUUAAUGAUUCGAUUGAUCCACAUCUAUCAGGAACAAGAGGUGCUGCUUACUUGGCCUAUUCAGGUGCGAGUGGACUAGAUCUCUUAGAGGUGAUUAGACGGUUAUCUCCUGAUGAAGCGAAAAGGUAUACAAGUAACACAGCAGACAUCAGGCUACGUUCAUUACUUGAUACAAAGUAUGAGAUAACUAUGGAUAUAGCAAAACAGCAGAUAAGAUAUAGACAGAUGGUUCAAUUGGCAUGUGCUUCAAACUGA